UGCCUCAGUCUUGGCCAGAUUGUUAACGAAGACGGUCGACGCGAUCAUUCGGUAUAUAGACGACCCCUUCAAGAUCUUAGUGCUCGGGUGUGUGUGUCUGUGAAACAGAGAAUCAGAGAAUUGUGUGAAUUUCAAAUACAACUACACGACUCUGGACCAGCUGUGAAGGUGCCUUCUCUCAUCACCAUGAAGUCUGGCACACAAAUUCGCAUACUCUGCUCGGCGCUCCUGGUUACACUCGCAACUCUUACCGCACAAGGGGCUCAAAUUCCAACACCAAAAGACACUCAAAGUUCGCUUAGCGAUGCCAUUGCUGCAGCGGAAGAGAAUUCCAGUCCCAAGACGACAAUUGUGCCAAGCGUCUUUGUUGAAUGUUUGUCGGGCUCAAUGCUAAUCACAAUUAAAGAUGCCCCACCUAAUCACGAAACAGGCUUAUUUAGUGGCAUGAUCUAUCCGAAAGGACUAUCAAAGAAUUCUACUUGCCUAAGUGAAUACAGAGAUCAUGUGGGUCCGCUACGCUAUAAGUUACCUCUGAGAAGCUGCAAUACAAUGCCCAAGGAAACGGACACUGGCGGCAUUGAAUUCUUCAAUACAAUUGUAUUGCAACCGCAUUUGAAGCUCAUCACUGAUCUAGGUCGUGGCUAUCAUGUACGUUGCACCUAUAAGAGUCGAGAUGCUGCCAUUAAGCCGAAGAAACAUUUGCGUAAGCAUACACAAAAACCACAAGCUUUUCGCAGUGGCAGCAGUGAAGAUCGCCGUGAUUAUGGACGAUCACUUGACAAUAACCCUCUCGAAGAGGAGGAGGAGGUGGACGACGUUGUAAGCAACAACGAAAUUCCCAUGCCAGGUUGCCAUAUGAAAAUCUACAAUGAUGAGCAUGUGAUAGCUGAUGAUGUAAAGAUCGGAGAUCCUCUGACUAUUGUCAUAAGCAUUGACAAGCAGCAGCUGUAUGGCCUUCAGGUCAGCAAUUGUAUAGUUCGCGAUGGUUUGGGCUGGGGAGAGCAGCGGCUGGUGGGCGAAGAUGGUUGUCCUAUGGAUAAUGAAAUAAUGGGUCAAUUUAAAUACACUGAAGAUCGAUUGGCAGCUAAUGUUACCUUCCCGGCGCAUAAAUUUCCCUAUACCACUUCGGUUUAUUAUCAGUGCAAUGUGCAGCUCUGUGCUCAGGAAGAUCCUAGCUGCCAAGAGGCCCCUGUUUGCAGUGGCAAGCGUCCCAAGCGUCAGACAGUGAGCGAUAAUAAGGAUGAUGAUGGCGCUUUACCAGCUACCAUAGAAGUCUUCUCCGGCCUGUAUGUCAAUGAGAAUGAAAAUCCGAAUGAUAAUGAUGAUGAGGAUGCUGUUUAUAAGGAAAAGACCCUGGAGGAUGCCCUAUGCGUUUCCCAGCGCACAUUUGCCAUAGCCAUUGCCAUUGCGGGUCUCAUCCUUAUGCUCGCUGUAGUGGCUGCUGUCCUCUGUAUCAUGGCACGUCGCAGCACCAAGACAGUAUCCAAUUCUGGCAGCUCCAUAUAUAGUGGCCCAUAUACAAAUACCGCCUUUUCGCAUAGCAGCUAAAUCCACAGAGGGAGAUGAAACCUCAACUGAUUGAGCAAAAAUUUCACAAUUUAAAAUUGAACAAUUCCAAAAUUCAACAAAACAAAAUCGAACACUCAAAGUGUUUAAAAUCUGAUACAUUGAUUAUGCUGCUGCAACGGUAGUCAAAAAUUCGAAUAACCUUAGAAAUUCUAGUUUAUUAAGUCCCUACGAUUUUAGAUUUAAAUAUUAGUCAUUAGAUAUUGCGAUCCAUGUGUGAGAUAUUACCAGGCAAUUGGUUGGCCAACCAAUCCUUAUUGCCCGCUAAUGUCGCAGAGUAUAACAACAUAUAUAUACUCUGUUUAGCACAAUCGGUGUUGGUAUUAGAUAUACACUACCUUCAUGCACUACACUCCAAGAAAUCAAAAAAAAUUGUUAACCUUAACUUUCACGAACUUGGAAAAUGAAGCUGCCGAUGCUCAGGUGAUCUAUUUUAUAACUACUCCUAUAUAACUUUAUUCAUAAUUUAUUAAUUUAAUAACUACAUAAACUUUUCUGCACCCUUUUUCAUUUUCUUUAAAAGGUCUUCUUGUCAUUAACUUAAACAAAAUCCUAUUUGCACACAAAAGUAUACAUAUACAUUUUAUAUAUAUAUACGGAAAAUAUUUUCAGAAAUAUUCUUAUAUAAAUCAUUUGCCUAGCUUUAAUCGAGUAUUAAAAUUUAAAUAGAAUACUCGUCUAGAGCUUGGCAAUAUCAUCAUGCGAAACGGAAAUGCAUCUAUAGUUUCUGUUUAAAAUUAAGAUAAAAUUAUUUAGACAAACAAUAAACUCACUCAAUUUGACAAUAACAAAAGCCGCCAUUGUGAUUUGAUGACGGACAAGUUCAAAUAUUAAAUUCAUUAACAACAAAAAGCUAGUUCAAUAAAUUUAGUUGUAAAAGAGA